GGCUCCCCCUCCCCACUCAUUCGUCCCUGUGCCGGCUAGGGAGACACAUACUGCCUGCCUGCUGCCUGCAGCAUUUGUGCCUGAGCUCCAGGCUCUGCUGUCCCCUCCGCUCCCUCCCCCCGCAUGCAGCUCUCCAUCAGAGGGAACGAUGACAUCCUCUCUCCCCUGACUGCCUCCGACUGCUCCACAGCUCUGCGGUGCAGACGCUCGCUCUCUCUGAGUGAGUUUUUUCCCUCCCCUCUGCCUGGUCUAGCUCUCAGGCUGUGGGAUUCAGUGGAUAAUCAGUGUGUCGGCGAGCAAGAGUGAGGGACUGAAGCAAAGAGAGAGAGAGAAAGCCUGGAUCAGGUGCAGCAGCCUUGACUUCGUCUGUCUCUUUCUGUCUGUUUUCUGCCUGGCACAUACAGACGUGUAGACAGAACUCAUAAUUCAGCAAUUAUCCUUCCUUCACCCUCUUUCUCCUCCUCUGGGACUCAUCGCAAAGAAGGAGAGAAGAGGAGGGAGACACUCAUCGCAGGACUUUGCAGAGUGACAAGUAUUUUUUAUUUUAUUUGCUCGCUCUGCGUCCUACUUUGCCCUACUCCUCCCCUCUAUCCCACCCUGCUCGCGCCAGCCAACACACACCCGCACACCCAGAGUGCGUAUCCAGGGGCAGACAGACAGAUAAACAGACGGACGGACGGACAGAUAAACAGACGGACGCAGUAGGAUAUGGAGUCCAGAGGAGGCGGCAGGUUCUCUAUGUCCAGGUGUUUGAGCUCAGGAGACACCGUCCACGCCAGUGUUGUCGUCACACUCCUGCUCGGGGUAUGGUGUGCUUCAGCGCUGGAGGUUUCAGUGGGGAAGGUGCCCUUCAUGGAGGCAAUGAACGGCAGCACGGUGCUGUUACCAUGCACCUACUCCAGCUGCAUCGGCAUCAAGAACCUCUACUUCAACUGGCAAUACAACGACAACGGCACCUUCAUGAAGCUGUGUGAGGCAGUGAUCCCCAUAGAAGGUGUGGAACCACGGGUGCAGGUGUACCACGAGCGGAUAGAGUUUGUGGGCAGCAGUAAGCACAACAACAUCUCCAUCCUGCUGUUCAACGUGACCUUCGAGGACGAGGGAGAGUACACCUGUUUCGCCCGGAAUCCCAAGGAGAAGCAUCGCAACCAUAGCGCCAUCUUCACCCUGUUCGUGGUGGAUGAGUUGAAAGUGGUUGACAAUACCGUAACCACCAUCAUUGUGUCUGUCGUGGGCGGGGUCAUUGGCUUGAUCGUCGUUGUCAUGGUGACAAAGACUGUGGUGCUCCUCAUCCUAAAAAAGUCUGCAGAGAAGAACGCUGGGAUUCGAACCGACAGCUCUUCGGCUACCACCUCCCCCCUUUGAAACUGUCAUGGAACAUUGUAAAGAGUGCCUUGUGAGCUCAGGACAGGACAACACAGACAAUGAACUCAACGCAGCCAAAGCGGACAACAAAGCCACACCGAAGGCAUGAAACAUAUACACCUGUGUAUAUGUACAUACAGUAUAUGUCUGUACAUGUACACAUGCAAAUGUAUUGCACAGACAUAGAAAGAAAGCUAUUAUCAAUGGACUCUUUUAUCUUUAUCUAAUGACACAAGUAUAACAUGAACCAAUGUGAAAUCAUAUGUCAUAUGUGCUCGAGAUUUGGGGAACAUGAUAGGUGAUCAGGGCUGGAUCAGACACACUCCAAUGACACACCUUAUGUAAUUAUGUAUUCAGAUUGGGGUUUAAUUGCAGGCAUUUAUCUGAAUCAGCUCAAAGUCUAUUUACUGUACAAGCAUUUCUGGAAUCAACAUCGACGUCUCACCAGUUACUCAUUCAUGCUCACGACGUAAAAACGGCAGAUUGACAUUUAUUGGGAUGAAUCUUGUCAUGGGGGCAGAGCUGAGCAUUUUCCGCUAGAUUUAAGGUUACGAUUUAUAUAUAAGGUUAUUAGUGUAAUAUCAGUGUAAUUACGGUCAGGGUUAAGGUCAGGGUUAAACCAGAGGAGGCUGGUGGGAGGAGCUAUAGGAGGACCGGCUCAUUGUAAUGGCUGGAAUGGAAUUGAUGGGACGGAUUAGAACGUGGUUUCCAUAUGUUUCAUGUGUUUUGAUACCUUUCCAUUUAUUCCAUUCCAGUCAAUACAACGAGCCCGUCCUCCUAUAGCUCCUCCCACCAGCCUCCUCUGGUUAAAAAAUCACAUUUUAAGACUUUGUGGUUUGGCCAGAAGUGACCACCCUGCAGAACUGCCUCCAGGACAAGAUUCAUCCCAAUGAAUGCCAACCUGCAUUAAAAACACAAACACACACAGUAACUCCCAUACUGUCAAGUUUUACUAACUGCCAUUUUGUAUAUCUAUAACAGCUAUAUAAUAUAUAAUAUAUAAUAUUCUGACCAUCUCUUCAGCUCUUUUGAUUAAGAGCCAUAUUUAAGGUUGCCAAUGGAGAUUCUUUAUACUCUCUGCAAACCUUUUACAGGGAGCAAACAGCUUCCCUCCUUUAACUAUAAGGAACGUUUACAGUCCAUUUUUGAUGCAGAACAAAUUUCAUACAGUGUCAAUUGUGCCUAUUCCAUAGGAUACACAGUAACUGAAAGAUGUAUAGCACAAUUCUCAACGAUACAGUUACUGAGGUCAAGGCUCUUCAUUAGAUCUGCAUACUGAACACAAAUACUGUUCAGAAGCUACGGAAGGCAAAGCAGUGGCCUAGUCAUGAGGACAGCGUCACUGCGGAGGAAAGGAGUGUGAUAAAGGAGAAGAGGAAGAAGGGAGUCAUUGGAGUGUUAUGUUAGAUCCAGCUCAGAAAUGGUUUGAGUCAUUUUUGCAUUCGAGGAAGCACAGGUGCCUGUUUUCACUGCCCGCUCCCUUCGCUUUUCGGGAGCCUCAAAACCGCUGUGAAAAACACACCAGAAAACGUAUAAAUAUAUAUGAAAAUGAAUUCAAGUUAAUGAUGCCGCUUCUAACAAAUAACAAAUGCAUUUUUUUCGCAUGUGAAUGUUGCUUAUAUAUAUGAAACACGUCCAUACCCCGGGAAAGACUGCUGUCUAGUGUGCUGUCAUCACCUGGCCUGUAUGUAUAGUGAAUCUGUAGGCUACUUCAUUCACAUACACUUCACCCCCAUAGGACUAACAUGCUAAUGAGGCCAUUGGCCUAAUACAGGACAAUGCCCCACGACUUCAACAGUGCAAAACAUUGUAUUGAUGACUCCGAUGCCAAAUACCAAGCAGGCUCAUCAUCAAUACCCCUUGACCUUGUGUCCCGUAUUCAAAUCACCAUAUGAACCAAAAUCCCCACUACUAAUGUGCAUGAUUCUUUUAUGAAUACCCACUGUUGUUGGUUGUUCCCCCAGAAAUAGAGACAGCUGUGGGCGUCGGGAUUUGAGCCAGGGACCGCAAUGGCUCAAGUAGGCACAAAGAUCCAUUGUCCCUCAAUCCAAGCAUUCCCCUUAGGACUCUGUCCCCUCAAGAAUGAAUGUCAUCUUGCCUCGUUAAUGAAAAUCAUGCAAUUCUCAGAGCGAUAAUAGUCCACGACAAAAACCAGGGCAAAGCCAUAACAUAUCUGUCUGAAUGCAUUUAUUUCCAACCUGUUUCGAAGGCAAAUGUGUUAUUAGUUUGUCCACAUUUGGGUCAAAUUCAGAGGUGCCACAUGAAAUGACGGCCACACCUCUAUACAUCCACGUGAGCAUAAAGUACCAUUGCGGUUGCAGAGCAAGGACUAUAUAUGACUGUCCACUUCGUAGGGUUUACUCAUCUGAGAUGGAAAUGUAAAUAGGCCCCUCCAUUUCCUCUCCACACCUUCUCCUCGCCCUGAGAUCAUACAAUGGGCAGGGGUUUUAGGGAGAGGGUGGUGCUGUAGACCUAGGAGGGGCAUGGUAGGCACUUUACUAACAUGGGGUAUCCUUAUCGACGUCUGGACUGAGGUGGACGUGAGGAAUAGAGAGAGGUGUGCUAGGAGACUUUGCAGGUAGGGUUGACGGUUGCGCCGGGUUGACUGUAACCAGACAACCGCCGAGACGGACAAGAGGUCUGUCCCGGCGUAAUCCGUUCUCGAACCUCCCUCCUUCUAUUCCCUCACCGCGUUGGGGUUGGCACCUUCGGAAAGGUCUUCCUCAUCACCUGACCUGCAGUACCCUUUUCCCUUAUGUUACCACAAGGGGCCCCGGUGACGUGGAGAGCCAGGGCACGCUGUCAGGCAGAGCACUGCCGUACCCAUAUCCCAUGGUUGUGAUUUUAAUCCUAUAGGACGAGUUGAUGGAUGCACUAGUGGCACUGGACUUACGUUUGCCAAGUAAUGUCGUAGCUUUAGAGAGGCAGCAGACGGGAUAGAGCAACGACAUUUCCGCGGGUCCUUGCAGAAUCACGUAUCACCUUGUUCACCAUUUACCCGCCACCGUGGUUUCCAUAUUUCACUCGUACUUACCUAUGUUUAAUGGGCGGAGCGAGGUUGACAACUUGAAUUUGCUACUGUGGUUCGCGAAACAGCUCGCGAAUCCGCUCAUGGAUCUAGGAUUUUGGGUAAGGUGGUGCGCUGUCUGUUCUAUGCACGGAUGUACCAACUGUUUGUGAUUAUGUGGUCCAUGGUGGCUCUUCUGUCCAUUGUGGUACCCCGUAGAAAACCAGAAACACGCAGAGUCGUGCGCACACACACACACACACACACACACACACACACACACACACACACACACACACACACACACACACACACACACACACACACACACACACACACACACACACACACACACACACACACACACACACACACACACACACACACACACACACACACACACACACACACACACAAUAUUGGUUCCAUGUGAAGUCAGUGAACCGUUACUCCUUUGACAUUGGAGGAAAAGCACCAAAGCCUGCCUCUUGGGAGAAAAGCAAUACUGUUCAGUUGAUCCUUGUCUGUCAGUGUCUUUGUAUUAUCAAGCCUCUGUUGGUGUAUUCAGAAGGAUCGUGUCGAUGAAGAACAACGAUCCAUAAGGCUAGUUACUGCGUUUGUAUCUGGUUUUUAGCAGAUUCAUUUUCCCUUCUGUAACUUCAAUCAGAUCUGAGAAUGUCCAAAAGAAUACCAUCGGUAUUUCAUGUCUUGUGUGUUACUGAGUACGGAGUUAUCGUUCACUGUUUCAGUAUCUCUAGAAGAACACCGUCUGUUCAAGCCACAAGCUCUGAGCUCGACUGUGCGUGCCUGAGCUGCGGGGCGCAGCAGUGAGCAUGCCCAGUGUAGUGCUGCUCUAGAGGCAGUCGCAUAGCCGCAGCGAUGCAUUGUGGAUCGCAUGUUAUGGAUGGACUAAAAGCUGCGAUCAGCUCAAGUCUGCAUCGAACCGUGGCAGAUCCGCACGACUCACCCUGAGAGCCAACGUCUCAGGCAGCACAGACUAACAGCAUGGCUGGUAGUAUUACGAGUACUGUUAUUGCACAGUCUUAUUAAGCCCCAUUUGAUACACUCUCAUCAAACUUGCACAACCUUGAAAUUCAACAAAUGACGUUAUGUGAAUGUUCUGCAGCUCAAAGAAAGAACACUCCACGUUUCUAACAAAGCAUUGUAGAUUACAUUGCCACAGGGUAUAUUUAUCCAAUAUAAAGAUCGACAAUGGCAGUCAGGGGACAGAAAUAGAUAUAUAUCCACCCAGUCCUAACAUUGUCUGCUUCGUAUAUAGUAGAUGUAAUAAUCGUCUGAUUUGAUACUAAUAUGGGUCUCCUGCGGCCCACUGCCGGAGCGACUCCUACUCACACUGCCAGGCCAAGAGUUUGUGAAGUCUGCUCUCUGCUUCCCACAUUCCAGUGCAGAGAACACCCACUGUUCCAACCUGCAGUAUACUGUACAGAACAGUACAGGUCCCCUGGCCAAACUGCAUUCUAAAAAUCCUUUUCUAUAGGCUCAGUUGUGCGCUGUUUUAGCCCACCAAGGCCAAGUGAAACAAACAAGCCAAAAAAAGAAGUAUAUAUUUGAAUCCUUAUUACAAUGGGUGUGCAUGUGCAUUUUGUAGCCAACUCAAGCUACCCACUGCACAGUUUACUCUAUAUUUAAAUAGAUGUGACUUUUACUCUGAGCUCACAGGUAGCCAGGUUACUGCUUGUUAGAAUCACAUCACACACCUAUAGGUGUACACCAUUUUUACCCAUCAUCCUCUACUCCAAGGAGCUGUCCAGGGUUCUGAGGAGGGGCUGUUUUCACUCCCUCACUGGCCUCACCUCACAGUGUUUACUGCCUGUGGGUAGUAGUCGCCACACGGCCAGGCUCGAAUGGACUCAAGUGGCAAUAUCAUCCUAACUGAUGACUAAGUGCACUACAUUUGCUAUUUGUUGUUGGGGUUUAACGAGUGCAGUAUUUCCAUGAUGUCUUGCUUCAUUGUAACGACCACUGUAAUGCCCAAGCUGAGUAUGAGGGCUAUAAUGUGGCUCGUGCUGAAGAAAACAGCUCGCCCUCUUACCCACCAAAACAUACUCACCCACUUACUGUGAGGCAGUCCAUGACUGACCCAACUCAACUCCCUCGGUCUCCAACAAGACGCUUCGUUGAACUAUAAAGUGAAUGUGCAACUCCCCUUAAUAUGUCUCUGUAGUAAUGUCCCACAUACUCCCCUCUCAUAACUAUGCACCUCAAUCGUUUUUUUUCUCUCUGGAUUGUAGAAAACAAGUACAUAUAUAUAUAUAUAUAUGAAAUAAAGGUUUGCAUAAAAGGA